AUGGACGUCGACGCGCCGACGCAGGCGACGCCCGCAGCGCACCUCGACGCGACGGCCGCGGCGUGGGUGCCCGGCGGCACGAUCGAGGAGGGCGGCUCGCGGCGCCCGGACGGGUCGCUGCGCAAGAAGGUGCGCGUGCGCCAGGGCUGGGCGGCGCAGCGCGAGCCGCGGCGCUUCGCGCCGCGCGGGUCCGGCGCCUCGGGCGGCGUCCGGUCGGCGGCGGCGCUCGCGCGCGGCGCCGAGGCCGCGCGCGCGGCGCGCGACGCGGCGCUGCCGCCCGUCGACUGCGUCGGCUUCUCCCUCGCGGCGCCGCCGCCGGGCUGCGCGGGCCUCGCGGGGCCCGCCGCGGUCCACCUCGACGUGUCGGAAUCCGCCGCCGACGGCGCGAGUCUGCUCGUGGAGUGGUUCAGCGAAAGACCCGAGCGAGUCGGAGAGCUCGCGUUCCGCGGGCGGACGCGCCAGGAGCGGCACGACCUCUACGCGCUCGUCGACCGCCACGACGGCCUGGCCGCGGCGUCCGGCGGCUUCGGCGAGGACCGGGCCAUCCGCGUCUUCUACGCGGAGGCGGCGCGGCCGGAGAGCGCCGAGGACCGCGCGGCUGGCGAAGAAGUCGACGCGCUCUGGCGCCUCGUCCUCACGGAGCGCGACACGGGCGGCGCGCCCGAGGCCGCGGACCUGUCGCGAGGCGAGCUCCGGGAGCUCUGCGCGCUCGCGAAACCGCCGCCCUGGCUCGCGGCGCUCCGCGAAAAGCAACUGGCGACGGUCGCGGCCGCGGCGACGCUCCGCGCGGCCUGCGAGGCGGGCGACGCGGCGGCGGUCCUCGACGUGCUGGGGACGCACCGGUCGGCGCUCUUCGCCGACCACGCGACGCCGCCGCUCCACUUGGCCGUCGCGGCGGGCUCCGCGGACGCCGUCGCCGCGCUUUUGGCCGCGGGCGCGCCGACGAACGUGCGGGACCGCGCGACGGGCGAGUCGCCGCUGGAGUUGGCGCGGCGGAUGGGGGACGAGGACGUGGUGGCGGUGCUGCGGAGGUUGUAA